AUGAACGCACCCCUAACAUCUUCAGCAGAUGAUGUGGAAGAAGACAUGGAAGAUCACAGUGACCCGCUGGUGCUCACCUUACCUAUUUCUGGAUGGACAGUAAAGAAAAUUUUGAUCGAUGGAGGAAGCUCAGUCAACGUUUUAUUUUACGACACAUUCAAGCGCAUGAAGCUGAACGACGAACAGUUAAUUUCUUCGUACUAUACUAUUUAUGGAUUCAAUAGAGCUUCAACGAAACCUUUGGGAGAUAUAGUCUUGGAAGUCAAAGCGGGAUCGAUGAAAGUCAGCACCAUAUUCAGUAUGGUGGAUGCACCUUCACCCUACAAUGCUAUCGUAAGAAGGCGAUGGGUCCACAAGCUCAAAGGGGUAGCAGCCACGUUCCACCAAUAUCUCAGAUUCCCAACCCCACAAGGGGAAAUGGAAAUUAAAGAGGAUCGAGUAUCAGGGCAAGAAUUCCAGGAAAUUCAAAGUCAGUUGAAUGCUGAACUUGAAGAGCAUCGUAGGACCUGCCGAAGCCGAAACAAAGCCGAAGAAAAGGACAAAGCCAUCGACCUAUAUCUUGAAGAAAUUUCAAAGGGUUCAACAAAAGUCUUCGGAGUCAUGAACAAUGAGGCUAGUGGAUCAGAAACAAAGGGUAGCGAAGAGCCCACCAAAUAG